CAUUCUAUACCCGCGAUGCGCAAACGCAAGUCCAAGAUUGUCGCGGAUCCACCAGUAUUGCGUCGGACGUCAGCCAGCGAAGACAUAAUGUUUGUUACGUUCAUUUGUUUUCUGGCGUGUCUCACCUGCAUCUAUGGACAGCCGCGUGCGCAGCAGUACGUGGUACCUUCGGCGAAGUUGGAGGCCAUUUACCCUAAAGGACUAAGGGUGUCGAUACCAGACGAUGGCUUCUCCCUCUUCGCCUUCCACGGUAAGCUGAAUGAGGAGAUGGACGGACUGGAAGCCGGUCACUGGGCGCGGGACAUCACCAAGCCUAAGGAAGGAAGGUGGACCUUCAGAGACAGGAAUGUGAAACUGAAGCUCGGAGACAAGAUCUACUUCUGGACGUACGUGAUCAAAGACGGCCUUGGGUAUAGACAGGAUAACGGGGAAUGGACGGUUACAGAAUUCGUGAACGAAGACGGCACUCCGGCUGACACGAGUCUCGAGCCUACUACCGCUCCGACGCCAGUCAGACCGGACCAGCCCAACCAGCCUAUCCCAACUCAUAGACCUGAUCCCCCUUGCACGGUCUCCGCCACCAUGGUCGAUGGAAGAAAGUCUGUCUGCCAGGGAACCUUGCUGUUCAGUGAAGAGUUUGAGAAGGCAAAUCUGAAGGAUUUGGCCAAUUGGGAGGCGGAGGUCAAGUUUCCUGAAGAACCGGACUAUCCCUUCAACGUGUACAUGGUCGACGGGACCCUGGAGCUAGAAGAUGGAAGCCUGGUCCUCACACCCAAACUGUUGGAGUCUCACUUCCACGCUGGAAUCCUCAACGACGCCUUGGACUUGACCAACCGGUGCUCCGGGCAAGUGGACACAACAGAAUGCAGACGGCAAGCGUCCGGCGCUCAAAUCUUGCCACCAGUAAUGACUGGGAAGAUCACCACUAAAAACAAAUUUACCUUCAAGUUCGGAAGGGUCGAAGUCCGGGCUAAGUUGCCUGCUGGAAACUGGCUCUUACCAGAAAUAAACCUGGAGGCAAAAGACAACGUUUUCGGGUCCCGGCGCUACGAGUCUGGUCUCAUGAGAGUGGCCUUUGCUAAGGGCAAUGCAGUGUUUGCUAAGAAGUUGAACGGAGGGCCCGUGCUGGCCGACACUGAGCCCUUCAGAUCACUGCUGAUGAAGGAGAAGAUCGGUAUUGACAACUGGAACAGGGAUUAUCACAAUUAUACGCUGAUUUGGAAGCAAGACGGUAUUGACAUGCUAGUGGACGGGGAAAAGUACGGCAGCAUCAGCCCUGGAGAAGGGUUCUAUGCCCUGGGGAGGGAACACGCCGUGCCUCACGCGGCCCACUGGCUGAGAGGCAGCGUCAUGGCGCCACUUGACCAAUACUUUUUCCUAGCACUCGGCCUCCGCGUGGGCGGUGUCCAUGACUUCGCGGACUCUCCGGACAAGCCCUGGAAGAACAGGAGCAACAAGGCUGUCCUCAAUUUCUGGAACGACCGGGACAACUGGUUCCCAACCUGGUUCGACGCUAACCUCAAAGUGGAUUAUGUCAGAGUCUAUGCGCUAAUAAAAAUUAAAAUGUUGUUGAUUUUGUUCAGUUGCUUCAGUGUUGUGUUGUGUUACGAUGUUCCGCCGGCGAAGUUAGAAGCGAUCUAUCCGAAAGGGCUUAGGGUUUCGAUAGCUGAUGAUGGAUUCUCUCUAUUUGCCUUCCACGGGAAGCUCAAUGAGGAGAUGGAAGGUCUGGAGGCAGGCCACUGGUCCCGGGACAUCACGAAGGCUAUUGACGGAAGGUGGAUCUUCAGGGACAGAGAGGCCAAGCUGAGGAUUGGAGACAAGAUCUAUUUCUGGACGUUUGUGAUCAAGGACGGCCUGGGGUAUAGACAUGAUAACGGGGAAUGGACUGUCACAGAAUACGUAGAUGAAGCCGGCAACCCAGUGGACACUGGCUCCGUCCCUUUCACUACCAGCUCACCAGCACUCGUCAUUCCAGAGGUGGCCCACGUAACGUCCCCCAGCAUAGUGACGCCCCCACCAGACAGCAAGUUCCCGUGUGAGAUCUCCCUCUCCAGCGUCAACAGCCCAGGGUUCGUGUGCAAGGGGCAGCUGCUGUUUGAAGACAACUUUAACUCUAAACUCGAGAAGGGAAACAUUUGGACUCCUGAGAUCAUGUUCCCAGGUGAACCAGAUUACCCAUUCAACGUAUACCUCAACGACCGCAACCUCCGAGUGGCUGAUGGCAAGCUGAUCAUCACACCCAUCACCCUGGAGUCCAAGUACGGUGAGGACUAUGUGAGGCAGUCGCUGGACCUUAACAACAGAUGCACAGGAACAAUUGGCACCAUGGAAUGCUCGCAAGUAGCGUCAGGCCCUCAGAUCUUACCUCCCAUCAUCACAGCUAAGGUGACUUCAAAGAAGAAGUUUAGCUUCAAGUAUGGAAGGAUCGAAGUUGGGGCAAGAAUGCCGCUUGGAGACUGGCUUUUACCAGAAAUUCAGCUGGAACCCAGGGACCACGUGUACGGAGUCCACAACUACGCGUCAGGGAUCCUUCGCAUCGCAACAGUGAAGGGCAACAUCGAAUUCUCUAAGAAGUUAUACGCUGGACCUAUCCUUUGUGAUACAGAACCUUAUAGGAUCGCCAACUUAAGAGAGAAGAUUGGCUUCGACCAUUGGAACAAAGCUAUUCACAACUACUCAUUGGAAUGGAGACCAGAUGGCAUAUCAAUGUUUGUGGACGGAGAGAAAUAUGGAGAAGUGACCCCAGGGGAAGGUUUCUACGGUGCGGCGAGCAAGAACAACGUCCAAGCUGCGUCGCAGUGGCUGAAAGGAACAUCUAUUGCGCCAUUUGACGACCUGUUCUACAUCUCAAUUGGCCUGAACGUGGGGGGAGUUCACGAGUUCCCCGACAGUCCAAGUAAACCCUGGACUAACAAGGCCACCAAGGCCAUGCUCAACUUCUGGAACGCGAGGGACCAGUGGUUCCCGACCUGGUAUUCGGACACCAGCGCGUUGCAGAUCGAUUAUGUCAGAGUUUACGCGUUGUCAUCAUCAAGAAUCGCUGCGUUUCCUUGUAUAUUCUUUAUUCAAACCAGUAACAAAAUGGCUGCCGUACUGGCCAGUUAUGUCGUGGUUUUAUUUUUUAAUUCUGUGUUCGCGCAAAGUGGCCAGUUCGUUGUACCAGAUGUGGAAAUUGAGGUGCUAAAGCCGAAAGGCAUCAGGGUUUCUAUGCCAGAUAGACCAAAACUGUCUUUCUUCGCCUUCAACGGGAACCUGAACAAGCCGAUCUCGACAGAAGACAUCGGGACUAUUAAGGGCGAGGUUCUGAGGGAGACCAACGGGAAAUGGGUGUUCGAAGACCCAAAUGUCACUCUUAAGGAGGGAGACGAGAUUAAAUACUACACCUUCGUGUCCGUGAAUAGGGUUGGUUAUGUCAGGGAUAAUCAGGUCUUCAAAUAUACUAGUGCAGACCACAGAACCGGUGAUCCCCCAUCAGACUGCCAGUCUUCCCAGACCGAGGUUCGCGGGAGGACGUCCCGCGUCUGCUCCGGGGAGACCAUCUUUGAGGAACACUUCGACUCCUUGAACGAGAACACUUGGCAGCUCGAGCAGUACAUCCCUGUUGAUAACAAUCCUGAGUUCCCGUUCGUGUCGUAUCAACGUCCAGCAGUCUCCGUGGUGAACGGGCACCUGCGCAUCGAGCCCACGCUGCAGUCCACGCAGCCAGGGUUUAGCUCCAUGUCGAUAGUGGCUGAUAGUCUGGACUUGACCAGCGGUUGCACAGCUCCAGCGUGCUUCAAACAGGCAUCUGGUUCAGACAUUCUCCCUCCAGUGCUCUCCGGCAGAAUAAUUAGCAAAGGGUUCUCCUUCAAGUAUGGGACUGUCCAUGUAAGGGCGAAGGUACCUCAAGGCGACUGGCUAUAUCCAGAGAUAAUGCUAGAGUCGUUCCUCAAGAGAUUCGGAAGCCAAAACUAUGCAUCUGGUGUGCUGAAAAUUGCGUCGGUUCGUGGUAAUAAAGAACUUAAGUCUGCUUCCACCGAUUUUGGAAAUAAGGUGCUGUACGGAGGGCCAGUAAUGGACUUCAAAUGCCGGCACCAGCUCCUGGCCAAGAAGGACUCACCUCGGUUUUGGGGAGACGACUUUCAUGAAUAUUCUGUACACUGGGGUCCAGAUCGCAUAAUCCUAUCCGUGGACGGAUCAGAGUGGGCCCGGAUCGAGCCUGCGUCCACCGGACUCAGCGGCAGACAUCCCCAGACAUGCACACAGCUGCCGAGGUCAUUGCUCGCUGCCGGAUCCAAGAUGGCGCCUUUUGACAACCCCUUUUACAUAACCCUAGGGGUAGCCGUUGGAGGCAUCUCGGAGUUUCCUGACGACAUCAAGACGAAGUCAAGUUGGCCGAAGCCGUGGCGGAACGGCGCUCACAAAGCUAUGCUGAACUUCUGGAAUGAUAUGAACGCCUGGUACUCCACGUGGACCCAACCAGCGUUGAUCGUAGACUAUGUUAAGGUUUUAGCGUUGUGAUGUGCCAUUUAGAUUAAAUUAUUUACUGAUUAAUGAAAUAAAAAUGUUUUUA